UUGUUUAAAACGAUCGGUGUAGUUGUAGCAUUCGAACUAAAUAUUAAAUAUUUGGAAAUAAAAAAUUAUGGCAGAUACUAAAAUUAUAACAAUCGAUGAUCCAGUUCUAAGAACAUAUUUGUUUUAUUCAUCUAUACUAGCCUUAAAAAUGUUGGCCAUGUCACCAUUUACAGGAAUUAAACGAAUUUUAUAUAAGGUGUUUGUUAAUCCAGAAGAUGGAAAAAGCUUUGAUGCAGAACCAAAAACAGACGAACGUGUAGAAAGAAUCCGAAGAGCUCAUUUAAAUGAUCUGGAAAAUAUCCCUGUGUUCUUUAUUUGUGGACUUAUCUACACCCUUACAAAUCCAUCACCGAUAGCUGCAAAGGCAUUAUUCAUAACGUACACAAUUGCUAGAUUUGGUCAUACGUUUGUGUACACUAUAUACCCUCUUCCUCAACCAUCGAGAGUGAUAUGCUUUUUCACCGGCUUAAGCAUAACUGCAUAUAUGGCUAUCACUGGUUUUAUACACUUUAUAGCAUAAUAUUUGUGUUGAAAUAAAAUGAACGUUUCAUACAUUUAAUAAUUAUAAUAUUCAAUAUAUAAAAGAUCUUUAGUUCGGUUGUUGAAAAUAAAUUUUAUUUUAAUGUAACUGUAAAAUGUUUAAACUUUGUAAAGUCUAAAACAUGAUUUAGUUGAUAUUCUCUAACACAUUAUGUUUUACAUUUUGAAACUUUUUAUCGCUUUCUCAAAUUUUAUCGGGUUUUUCGCACCUAUUAUGUUGUACGAUAUUCUGUUCCAGUCUCACACCAUUUUAGACAUAAUAUUACGAAUUCAUCUCCGCCCUGGAGCCGGCUCUGCUUGGAUAUAGUAGAAUUCUAAAAUUUGGCAAAACCGCCGCCUUUGAUAAGUUUUUAUAGCAAGCGGUUUAUAUACAUUAUUUCUUUUUGAAUCAUUUCUAGGAAGGUCUAUUUACUUGUUUUGAUUCUUUAUUUUUCUAGUACUUUUUAAAUUCGUUUGAGAUGUAUAUAAAGAGUUUCUGUAGCGCAGUUUAGUUCAGUUUAUAAUAAAUAGUUGUAGUGAACAUAAAGAAUUAGCAAAGUAAUCGAAGAAUUUGAAUAAAUAAUUCAAGUUAGUUAAGUGAUAUUGAUAAGUGAAUUAUUAUAAGUUGCUGUAGUGUAUAGUGUAUAAAUAAAUUAAGAACUU